GGUAUGUCACAUGUGUAGAAUCAAACGGUAGUGCAGACUGAAGAGAACUUUGAACAACUUUAAAUCAUGACAUAGGAAUUUAGUUUAAUAUAACUUUAACCAAAUUUACUAACUUGUCCACUACAGUGUUAGUGACAAGGAAAUAAUUGUACCGCAUAAUUAUUUAUAUUAAUUCAGUGUUGUUUAUAUUACAAUAAGUGACAUAACCUAUAUGAUAUUACUAUAAUUCUGUUGCUCCUGAAAUUUUACAAUAUCGCAUCAAUCAAGAAAGGAAAUUAUUUAAAUAAAAAUGGAAAAUGAAAGAAAAAGUAACAUUAUUCGUGUAGGAUCAAGGAAAAGUCAGCUUGCACUUAUACAAACUAAUCACGUAAUUGAUUGCCUGAAGAAUGUGCAUCCAGAGAAAGAAUUUAGACUGGUAUCAAUGACAACACUGGGUGACCGUGUCUUAGAUGUGUCCCUUCCAAAAAUUGGGGAAAAAUCACUAUUUACCAAGGACUUAGAAGAUGCUUUGAACAACAAUACCGUGGACUUUGUUGUGCAUUCAUUAAAAGACCUACCUACAUCUCUACCUGAUGGUUUAGCAAUUGGGGCAGUUUUUGAGAGAGAAGACCCCAGGGAUGCUUUAGUUCUUCGUGAAGAUAUCAAGGCCGCUUCUUUGCAAGAUUUGCCUGAGGGAUCUGUUAUUGGAACUUCGUCCCUUCGACGCACAGCCCAAUUGCGAGGGAAUUAUCCUCAGCUAAAAGUAAUAGACGUGAGGGGAAAUCUCAAUACUCGAUUGAAGAAAUUGGACGAUCCGGCUACAGAGUAUUCCGCUUUGUUGCUCGCCAGUGCGGGGAUGCAGAGGAUGGGAUGGGCCCACCGAAUAACGAAGUUUUUACCAUGUUCGGACAUGAUGUAUGCUGUGGGGCAAGGGGCGUUAGCAAUUGAAUGUCGCUCGGAUAGUGAAGAAAUUUUAAAAAUGUUGGCGCCAUUUAAUCACCCUGAAACAUACUGCAGAAUACUGGCUGAAAGGAGUUUUUUAAAAACCUUAGGUGGUGGAUGCAGCGCCCCAGUUGGAGUGUCUACCAAAUUAAAAAAGUUGGAUACAAAUUAUCAACUCACAAUAACAGGUGGCGUAUGGAGUCUUGAUGGUGCAACCAAAAUAAGCGAUACCCUCGAACAAACAUUCACGCAGAUAAACAUAUUGGAACAAAUUAAAAAUAAACCCAAACACAAACUAAGUCCCACAGAUGACGGCUCAACAAAAAGAAUUAAAGUUGUUGAUACCAGUGAUAAUAAUGAUAAUCCAUUAACAGAACUAGAUGAAAUAAUUAAGUCUGACAAUGCAAACUGCGAGGAAUUAAGAAGUGAUGACGAAGUAGACGCAUUGAAGAAGAUAUUCUGUGGUUUGCAAGCAAAUCGGAAUGUUCCGGUUGAUGUAAUUAAAAAAUGUGAUGAUUUAGGUCGUGAUUUAGCUAAUUUGUUGAUUGAAAAGGGUGCUCUAAAUGUUAUGAAAGUUACUCAAGAUCUAAUACGUUCUUCAGUUGUCAAGUCUUAAUGGCUAGAUAAAACAGGGUUGCCAAUACAAACAAAUUUUAAUUUACAAAUAUAGUGACGAGCAAUUAUUAAGAAUUUAUUAUGUUAAAAUAAAUGCCUUAUAAGUUAAAUGGAAAAUAGAUUGCUCAACAAUGUUUACUUUGAAAUACAAGGAAAUUUUCACCAUUAAUGUAUGUAUUUAAAAUAUAUUUUUUUAGAUAUUAAUUAGAUAACAUUCUAAACAAAGCUGUUGAGGUGGAUAAUUUCCAAACUAUAUCAUUUAAAUUUAUUUAAAUGAAAUUUUUAGUUACCUGUUGUUAUUUAUGAAUUGAAAAAAAUUAUACUAUUAUUUCAUUAAGGUUAAUUAUUCUGAAAUAUGCCAUUGUAAAAUUUCUAUAAAUGUCCUACUACUUUAUAAUUAAUAUUGUGCUUUGCAAGUUAUAAUUUAUUUGUCCUCCAUUUUUUUAGACCUAGGAACAUUCCCUAAUAUACUUACGUCUCAAGAGGUGACAAUGUAAUAUGAUACGUUGGCGCAUUUUAUUUGUUUGUGUAGCGACAAACACAAACUAGUAGCAGCUAAAAAGGUAUACAACUUUCUACCCUUCAGACCAGUUAGAGUUAGACUGGUCGUAAAUUCUUCCUUUAGGUGCAGGGAAACACAUAUUCGUCCUGCAUAAUUGUUAUUGGUCAUCUUUACAUUCCCGCCAAUACUUUAUUUCAAAUAAAAUACAUAAUUAUAGAUUGUCGACUGAUCGUUCCUCUUAAUCAGUGGUGAAAUCUGUAUAACAUUUUUUUUAUAGUUAAUAGGUAAAAUAACAAAUGAAAUCUCUCUAAAAAGGAUUUUUAGUAUAAGGCCAUUAUUGCGGAACUAUUAUUUGUAGAUAUAUUUAAGUACUUAUGUACAUAAUAUAAUCGCGUACUUAUUGUUAU